AUGACAGUUAAUCCGCCGCGCCUCCCACCUGAUAUUGUUUCCAUGAUCCUUGAGAACCUGCCUGAUUUUGCAGCUUUAUUUUCAGCUGUCCAGACCUGUCGAAAUUUUUACUCUGCAUUCCAAAACUACAGCCGCCAGAUUUUGAAAGCAAUAUUUUUGAAUCAAUGUCGUUCCGUGGAGAAGUACAGCUGGGGCAAGGUUUUUCGAGAGCUAGUUUUUAUCGUUUGCAAAGAUUUCGUGGCAAGGGAUGCUGCUCGCUUCAUCCUUGAGACGGCCUGGGAGUGGUUUUUGCAGAUGGAGCAAGAGGAGGUGCUGAUACCCAUUGCAGUGGGUUUGGCCCAUUCCUAUGUUCUUAACGAGCGCAUCGAUGAUGCAAUCGACCUUCUUGAAAAUAUCUGCGGUGGUGCAUGCCCCUUCAGGUGGUCGAUGUCGAUACAUUCCAAAGGCACCUGGCGUCACUAUAAAGAGGUGCAGAGACGGAAGGAUAUGACGCUAUACCCUGCUCUACAUCGGCUAGCAAAUCUAUACGCUGAGAAGGGCUGUGAUAAUGGAUCAAUCCCGAGAAUUCUACACAGUCGCCGACUAGAGUAUGAGGAACUGCCAACGGUCUUGAUUGAGGAAACAAGAAUCACCUACUCGACCGACUCCAAAACUUUUAGCUCAGAGGAUACCUUGGUGGAUGGUAUUAUAGGCUAUGAGUACUACCGCGCUGGGAAGCAGUCCCGGUGGUCUGACUUUCCUCUUGUUGUGCGAGCUUGCCAGCUGCCUCACCCGGUCGCAUUUGGAGCCACAUUCCUUGAGAGUAAAACACGCCUCGAAUUGUUGACCAUGCGCCGAUUGUGUUCUGCUCCCCAAAUAGGGUUUGCGAGGCCAAGGAGGCACCCGGAAUAUGACAAGCGAAUGUGA